UCAGCUCAGCAGUUUACCCAAGUUUCAUUUACAGGCACUUUCUGAGGAAGUAGUAGUAGCACUGUUGUUGCGGACUUUGUGUAAUUUAUACCUCAUUUGUGUUUUGGCUUAAGUAGUACUGUGAACCAACUGGAUUUCCAGAAAAACAACAAGGAGUGAUGACUAGAAGCUGAAGAAAGGUUUAAGUUCCUCAGGGCACUAAGUCUGAGAAGAAACCUACCACAAGUAUUAGGCUGACUUAAUUUCAGUUGCGAUAGGGUUGAAUUUCAGUGAAAACUGAUAGUUUGCUGCUGACUCACAGUAAGGACAGAGGACACUGUUAACCUAUAGGUAAAUUCUGACUCAGUUUUGAAGAACUGCCCUCUACUGCAUAUUUAAUGGCCUUCUCAGUAUAGAAGUGACUAUUCGCUUUUGAUUUGGUUUGUCUUUUAAUGGAUUAUUGCUGUUCACCUUUCUAGCUUCCUUUUCUUGCCAGAAAAGUGUCAAAUAUUCACCAAAAUGUAAGUUUGGCGAACUUAUGUGAAUAUCCUAUUAGUUUCUUAUUUUAAAUACAACAGUCAGACACAUAUGGCUACCAGAAAUCUAACUGGUGCCACAAAAACAUUUCUGUAUAAGGUUUUGAUAAUAUUGGCUACCUACAGCUGAAGUUUAGCAAGGUAGCACUUCUUUUGCAAGAUACAUACGCAAGCAGAAAGCUGCCUUACUGACACCUUUUUAUUCUGAUGGAGGGAGUCUUUUUACUUUAGUUUUAGUUUUAUGGCAGUAGCAAAGACAUCAGAGAAGGAUGGCAUAAACAAAGCGGAUAUCAGUUUACUUACAACAAGUCAUUUAUUUUCAUAGCAGGUUGCUAAAGACUUGGGAGUAUAUUGUAUUGCAGGUGCUGGUCUGUGGAGAAGUGGAUGGCAUUUUCUAUGCUUUUGGAGUUAGUUUUGGUCGAUUAAUGUUUUGGGUACUCUUCUGUGAGAAAAAUGUUGAUGUCACUGAAAGAAUGGGGAUAGCACUAAAUGAGCCAUAGCUCCAUUGUCUUGCUGCUACAUAAGUAGAAGUGUCACUGGAUUUCUGGCCGACAAUCUGCAUUCCAUGGAGAAGCUGGAGGAACUCUUUGAUGGUGGAGUGGAGAGCAGUGAUGGCUUAGAGAUGUAUGAUGAAGGAGUCAUCAGGCUUGCUGGCAAUCUCUACCUGGAACUGGAGAAGCUGGUUUCAGUCCAUGGGCAAGGAUCCAUCACCGGACUAAUGCCCUUAAUGGUUUCUUUGUUAGAAAGUCUUGAAGGGACAGGAGCUCAGUUGCGGGAAAGAGAAGCAGAGCUGGAGAUAUUGCGGGAAGACAGGGAACGACUUCUUUCGCAGUAUGACCGUGAAAAGACUACCCGAAAGCAUAUCGAAGAGAGGUAUAUGGAGCUUGAUGACUUGAUAGAUCAAGAACGGAAGUCAUUUAAAAUGCGUCUAGAUUCAGUAGAAUUACAAACGAGGCAAAUGGAACUCAAAGCAAGGAACUAUGCAGACCAAAUUGCCAGUAUAGAAGAGCAGAAGACAAUACUCAGCAAAGAACACAAUGCACUGAUGCAGGCACAUAGCAAGAUUGUGAGGAUUUAUAAAGACUUAGUAUAUCAGAGGGCCCUUUCAUUGGAAGGCAGACAGUCUGCUGUCUCUACACCUACCUCAUCCAGGAAGAAGAAGAUUAUACCUGCUGAUUUCCAGGAAGGACCUCGCUCCCUUGACUCUGAUUGUGUGACAGACCAAGGCUCUAUAGCAUCUUGCGACACAGAGAAGCUUGCAUCUUUGGAAAACCCUCCUGCCAGCUUUACAUCACUUGAUGGAGAUGUCAUGGUAUUGAACCAUUGCCCUCUUGAGCAGGAUUCUGCUGAUGUAAAUAGCACUUCUUUGAAUGAUGAAUCUGGCAUCCUGGAAGCAGAACAGCCAGUCUCUAGCAGUAUUGCUGCUGAAAGCACACUAAAAUCACCGACCGAUGACAUGCCAAAUUCUCUUCAUGACCUCUUGGAAGACACUGGCCUCAGGGAAGAAAGCACUCCUAGCAGAGCAGAUGGUGAACAGGAAGAAUUUGUUGAAAGAAAUACAGACUCCCUCUAUGCUGAACUUUCAGAUAUUGGACCAGAAUAUUUAGAGGAUGUGGACGAAGGAGCAGACCUUCAAGGUGCUGCUUGUAACUUGGAGGGUAUCUUGUCUGAGAACACCCAUCUAAAGGACACACUGAACCUGGUAGAUACAGCUCGAAAACACCUCAUAGCACGAGUGGAUGAACUGAUGCGAGAACGUGAGACUCUACAGAUGGAGGUAGCGAACAUGAGGGAAAUGCUAACCUGGAGUAAAGUCAGGAUCAAGGACUUAGAAGAAGAUUUGAAACGAGCUCAUCGGGAGACUGAAGAAGCCAGAAAAGCUAAUGCAGAAGAUACUGAAGUUGACACACCUGCAGCAAAUAGGAAGCGUUUUACACGGGCAGAGAUGGCACGAGUAGUCAUGGAGAAGAACCAGUAUAAAGAAAGACUGAUGGAACUUCAGGAUGCAGUCCGUAGGUCAGAAUUGUUACGGGUAUCAAAAGGCGUACAGACGUCUCACCUGAGGAAAUCACCUUUCUGGCAAAAAUUCAGCCGUUUGUUCAGUUCAGCUCCAGUGAAAACCAGUGCUCCUGUGCCUUCUCCUGUUACCCAGCUCCUACCUGGGUAUCCUGCAGGAGUGGAUGCUAAAGGUGUCUCAGGAGUGGUGCCUCUUCGAAGCAACAGAAAUAGAGAGAUUUCUACACCAGACAGAGAACGUGGUGUAAAGUCAAUACGGGAACUAAGGCGGGAUCAUUACCGGCACAUCCGCACUCACAUCUGGAAAGAACAUGGAAGACAACAGAUAAAUGGAUGGAGUCAGCCUCCGGUAAUAAAUAAGGAGGAUGAGCUUGCUGUUCGCAGUAGUGAAACUGGAACUGCAUUUCCAGCUUUAGUGCAGCUGCGUAUCCUGGACCAGAAGGACCCAGCAACAAAGCUAUUGUGUGCAACAGCGCCGUGCAAUCCUAGUGUCCAAAUCGACUUGGGAUUACAUCAGGGGGAAAGGAGCAGUGUUGGCUCUGACCAUUCGUCUGGCAGUAGUACAGUGGACUCUUCCAGCCUCAUUUGGUUCUGCUCUGGUACGCACUCUGUCAGUGAGGUGAUGAUCAUCGACGCUAAGAAGUCAAACCUCGUCUUAGAUCAGUUUGUCAUAUGCAACUCUCGUGUGUUGUGUCUCACAAGUGUGCCUGGUUACCAGAAAUCCAGCCCAUCACUCUCUGAAGAAGAUCUCUUCUCUCCCCAAGAGGAACGGCUAGGUACACCAACGUCAUUGUCCAGUAGCUUGACCAGCCAUGAUUCGGUGGGAAGUGAUGGUUCUGCAUUAUGGGAGAGGUGCUCUACCGAUUCAAAAUGCCAAGAUGGCGACAGGCUGCAAGCAGAAGACUGCAGCAGUCAGUCAGAGCUUUCUGUCGAAAUGGGCCCCAGAGAGUUCACACCCAAUGAACUGCAAAGGUCUGCUACCAGUGAAUCGGAGGGGGGAAGUACCACUGCUCCUACCAUCUGGAUUGGCACUCAAGAAGGAAGUUUGUAUAUUCAUUCAUCAAUUACAGAAUGGAGGAAAUGUUUACAGAAAAUUCACCUAAAGGACUCUAUUCACAAUAUUGUCCAUGCCAAGGGCUAUGUUAUUGUUGCUUUAGCUAAUGGGACAGUGGCCAUCUUUAGCAGAGAUGCAGAUGGAGAGUGGGACUUGACCAAUCACCGCCUGUUGGAUCUGGGCCGACCACAUCACUCUAUUCGUUGCACUGCUGCUGUUGGUAACAAAGUGUGGUGUGGCUGCAGAAACAGGGUGUACAUCAUUAAUGCCAGGACAUGCAGAAUUGAGAAAUAUUUUGAAGUUACUCCAAAGAAGGAAAGCCAAGUGCGGCAUAUGGCAGCAGCUGGAGAAGGCGUUUGGGUUUCAGUCCGACUUGAUUCCACACUGCGUCUCUUCCAUGCACAGACUGGGCAACCACUACAAGAUAUUGACAUUGUUCCAUUCAUGGAUACAAUGUUUGCUUGUGCCCAGCUGGGCCUCUCCUUUGUUCAGGUAUCAGCCCUUUCAAUUUUUUGUAAACGUCUUUGGAUCGGAACAGCAAGUGGAACCAUUCUUUCCAUCCCAUUCUCAAGAGAUAUCCAUGGAGACCCAAGUACUGUGAAUUUUCCUCGGCAAAGUUCCCCUAAGGUGGACUUAACUAAUGCCAGUAUUCCAUAUUGCUCUAUGGCUCAUGCACAGAUCUGUUUUCAUGGCCACCGUGAUGCUGUACGGUUCUUCGUGAGUGUACCAGGCUGCAUUAAGCCUACACUAGCUGGAAUCGCCAAUGACACAGAAGAAAGCAAGGGAGAUUACAGUUGUACAUUAGUAAUGAGUGGUGGAGAAGGCUACAUUAACUACAGGAUUGGAGAUGACAGCAGUGAACAGGAAGACUCCUUCGGGGACCUUCUACAUAUCAGCCCAAUAAUGCGCAGGGCUGAGCGCAGUCACUUAAUUGUGUGGCAGCUGAAGAGCUGCAGAAACUGACACACAUUGAGCUAAACGAUGAAAAACACUGAAAUUGCUAUGAGGAUGAGCAGUGAAAUAUCUUCAUUUGGAAGAAUGGUGUAUGUUUUCAGGAGUGCUGCAGAAAUCUGACUUGUGUGCAUCAUACUGAAAUAGAAUGUACUUCGAUUUUCUGCAGCUCUGAAGAUGGCUGGACUGUAGUUAUGCAGAUGCUGUUGAUUUAAAAAAGUAGCAGCAAGCAUUUGUCUUGAUUCACAAAGAGUCGUCUGCAUUUGAGGGGAGAGAAUAUGGAGUCACCUUUUUAUUUAUCUCAUGAUAGUAAAAUAUAACAAAUGCUGAUGCAGUAAAUGUCAGUAAUCUCUCCGGAGACAGUGCGUAAAAAUUAGUUGCAAGCUUUUGAUGCUGUUUGAGACAACUGUAUUUGACUGUUUAAGAAACAAAGUACUGUAAUUGAAAAAAAAAUUGACAUCGGUAUAUAUGGGAAUGUGUGUGUGUGUGUGUUUACAUUCAUGUGAAUAUGUAUAUAACAGUGAGUGUAUUACAAAAUAGAACUGGACGAUCCUAGAGAUCAAAAGUUUUUUGACCUAGAAAGCAAAAUCUAGGUCAACAGUGCACUACAUAUCAUAUGGAGAUCAGAGUUGGUGGAAAAUUUAUUUUUUUCCUUUUAAUUAGAUCUGUUUCCUUCCCAUAUGAAUUGUCUUUAUUUAAUGUUGAAUGUCCCUUGAUACCUUAGUGAUUUUGUUAUGACACAUUGCUUUUUGCUUUGCCCUUGUCCAUAUCCCAAUGACAUCCUGCCAAAAAACACAGUAUUGAUAUUACACCAGAAGAACAAUAUGAUGUGCUGUUUUCUUGUUUUCUGAAACCAUGGUUAACUAUCAUCAUAAGGCUGAAACUGUAUCUGCAUACCCAUGGGGAACUUAUAAAUCGUUGGUUGAGAGAGAUAAUGCAGGGAAAGUAUAUGUAUUGUCAGAGAACUAAAGGUGUACACCCAAGACAGGAAAAGUAGAGCAUUAGUUUGGUGCUCCUCUGGCUAAUACUGAUCCUGGAUGUUGACUUUAGGAAGUCCAAUACAAGUAAAAUACUCGCUCACCAUGGCUAAUUAGGCUGUGGUGCUGUGUUUUGGUGAUUUAGGAGAGGGUAGCAGUUUAGAACAACCUAGGCCAAAGGGUGAUUUAAGUAACAAAUUUGAAAAGAAUGAAGAUUUUU